UUGUCAUCUUCCGACCUUUAACUACUCCAUCUCAGAGUAUUCAGUUAAUAUAUUGUCCAAAGUAAGAGUAAUCGGUUAAUGUAUUGUCCAAUCUGAGAGUAAUCAGUUAAUACAUCGUCUUAUGGAAGUAAUCAGUUAAUGUUAAUAUAGUCAAAUCCGUGUGCCUUUUCGCCUUUACCUCUUCUAGAUCUUCUUCUUCAAAAGACAACACAAUUUCCCUUUUUUCUCCAUGAAAACUUGUCAAAACGUUCAUGGAAGUUGUUCAACAAGACCACUUUGAUCGUCUCCCUGACGCUCUUCUCCUCCUCAUCUUCAACAAAUUGCUUGACGUCAAAGCUCUUUCUCGCUGUCUUUCUGUCUGUAAACGGUUCUCUUCUCUCAUCCCUCAAACCAACGCUCUUUUUGUCUCCAUUCCUCCUCGCAUUCCUGCCUCAAAACCCGGCAAUGGCUUGUGUUUAGCCUCGUUGAGAAUCUUCUUCAACAGGGUCUUCACGAAACCGUUCAAACACUGUCGUCGAAUCGUCGCUUCGAAGUCUCCUUCAAGCAAAAGCUCAAAUGUUCAUCAUUCUUUCAUCAAUGUGUUGAAAAAGUUCGAAGAUGUCAAAUUUAUUCACAUUCAGUUUCCCUUCUAUGGCAGCGGGAUCGAUUUGGUGGGCGGUGACUGUUUGGUGAAAUGGAAGGCGGAGUUCGGUGGACAGCUCAAGUCUUGCAUUAUUCUUGGCGCCACUUCGUAUUUUCUUGCAAAAGUUAAAGAAUUACAAGAACAGGAACAAGAAGAAGAGCGGUUUUUAACUGACGAUGAGCUCAGAGUUCGAAUAAUAUGGACGAUUUCGUGCUUGAUUGCAGCGUCUGCUCGGCAUCAUUUCUUGAAGAAGAUUUUGUUGGACCAUCCUAAUCUUGAGAGUGUGGUGAUAAGUGAUGAACAGAAGCAAGGGAAGCUGUGCAUGGGGCGGGAGGAGCUGGUUGAGAUGAGGGCUUGUAUGGAGCCAUUUGCAGCGUCCAAGCCGUUGUUGAUCGAGAGGACAAAAGUACCUGACUUGAGCAUCAAGUUGUCGUAUGCGCCGGAGUUGGAGUUACCGGUGUCAGGAUACAGGAUGAGAGGAGCUACAUUGGUGGUGAUUAGACCUGUUGAUGGAGAUUUGAUGAGGAAGGGAUUGAGUGAUGGUGAAUUGUUGGGAAGUGGGUUUGAUGGAGAUCAUGGAGAAGACAAGGUUUUUGCAGAAGCUGUGGGGGAAAUGAUGAAGAUGAAGAAGAGUUAUGUGAUGACAAUGAAUUCAUUUUGAGCUAGUUUUAUAUGUAUCAUAUUCUGAAUGUUUUUUUUUUUUUUUUUUUUUUUUUUUUUUUUUUUUUUACUUGCUCUGUAUUCAUAUGCACUUAUGCUUGAUAGUCAUACAAUUGAAACUGUUUUAGAUGCAUCAA